AUGGCAGAGGAUGAAAGCUCUCAAACGAAAUCCGCAGUAGACCUGCUGGUUUCAUCAAAAGAGACUGUGAAAAAAGAUAUCACUCAAUUUCUCAUGCCUCAGUAUUAUCUCGCUACUGUUCAACAACAACAGCAACUUCUCCUCCAGCAACAGCUUCUACUCCAACAGCAGCAACAACUCCAAGCUCAGCAACCGUACGCUGAAGCGAGUGGCUCCGCUUACGGAACAGGCUCUCAACUCACCACUCAGUCACAGAGUCAGACUCAACCGAUUUCUUUCAACUCAUCGACUCUCACUGAUUACCAAGCGAGUCAUCCCUUUUAUAACCAGAAUUAUCUCUAUAUGCCAGUCCAGAUUGAUUCAAAUUUAAACCAGAAGAGCUACGAAGUAACAACAACGAUAAACGGAGAAAGCUACGACGAUCUCAUCAGAAUCGUCUGGCAACGCGAAUUCAAUCAGUUUUUCUGUCAGUUGCCAGAUUCGCCCAUCGCUAAAUGGAACUUCUACGAAUCAUCGACUCCAAAGGACGAUUCCUACGGGAUGGUUUUAAGGGACUGGGCAAAAGUGCGCUUCUGCUGCCCAGUUUGCGGAAAUGGCUGGACCUCGAUGAGAGGAAUGAUCACCUUCAACAUUACGAUUCAUACUUCAAUUGUUAAUGGGCAAUAUGUGAGAGUUGGAGUUAUUGUAGCAACAAUGUUCGGGCAAAAAUGCCAGAAAUGCAUGGAAGACCGAUUUGAGACGGCGAUGUGGUACCCUGAGGAAGUCACAAAGGUGCUGCACAACCUUUACGUUCGCAUCCGCCACCAUUUCUACGGAGACAUCGACCUGAUUCCCCAACUACGCGUGGACCGCCGAUCCGGCAAUCCUAGAAACCGACAUCGCCCCGAACUUUGCCAAGCCUGUAAAAAUGGAAAAUGCCGAAUGAAAUAA